GUACCCCACCUUUCGAGUUUACCUAUACUAGAAGCGAGUUAUUGAUUAAUGAAAAAAAAGAACGUAAACCAGGUCGUGUUCUUGAAACCCAUACUGUACUUAAUAUUCAUCAAUACCAGCAUUCAAUUUUUACUUCACAACAAG